AUGCAAAAGCUCCUUUUCGCCUGCAAUUCCUGACUUCCUGCCUCUAUCCACACCUCCAUCUAUUGCUGUCAGCCAGCCUCGGAGCACAGCCUGCUCGUCACGUCGGCCUGUGUGGGGACAGGCAGUAUCAGCCACAACACAGAACAGCUGAAGACAGAUUAAAAAGCUCUGGAGCUUCUGCAUGCCAGCACCUGGAGUGGAGGCUGUAAAUCUUUCUGAGGACCUCAACUGAGAUGUUACCUGCCAGACUGGGCCAGGGAGUGACAGGGAAGCUUUGAAGGGGUUUUAAAAAGGUAGAGAAGUUCCCAAGAUGCUCUUAUGCCUCAUUCUUCAUUAUGUAGGGCAGAGACUGUUUCUGAAAUAAGAGAUAUGGCCUGGCAAAGUUGCAGAGCAACACCCAUGGGGACUGGUAAGGUGUCAAAGCGCUAAGGUCUGGUAUAGGAUGUGUGGCUGUGCAGGGGAGCUAGCUGGGGGCUGGUUAUUUAAAGCUCUGCGUGGUGAUGGGUACCCACCUCUCCUUUCCCAAUGUUCCCAGGGCAGUCAAAAGCUUUGCUGUUCCUGAGCCUGAAUGCAGGGACAAUAUGGGAGCUUGUGCUAGGUAGGCUUUUCAUUUCUUAUCUUGCCCUGUAAUAAUUAAUGGGAAGCAGUUAAAGAGAAAAGAAAACUCACUUUAAAUAAAAGCAACUAAUGUGCUUUUUCUUCCAAGGGUUGGAAAUGACCAAAUUUGCAACUUCUGAUAACAAAACACAGGCACUGUGUUAGCACACUGUCUAAUCCAGGUGCCUGUUCCUCACUGUCCCAAGUGACUUUGCCCUUUUCCAAGGUGUUCCUGAGAUGGCCUGUGCUAUGAAGUAAUGUCAUCUCCUGACUAAAGGUCUGGGAUGCAGCAGCACGCCAUGUUGUUGUACAUCUUCCACGCUGCCGUGAGUAGCGGGGAGGCAGCACCUGCAGCCCCCGUGCUCCCGCAGUGGGAUUUGCACACUGUCCGGGCUGGCGCGUGCUGCACCAGACGCAAGGCUGGAUGCUGCUCAGAAAAUGCCCUCAGCUCCCCGCACUGUGGAGACAGUCUCCACACCUCCCCUUGGCAAGCACUGCCUUAAUUAACUGCAAUUAAUUAGUCAGUGAUUUUUGUCACAGAGCUAACUUUAUGUUUAUGUGAAAUAGUGGCAACCUGCUGUCUAGCCCUUUCCAGGCUGUCAUGGGAAUUUUGGUGUGAAGCAUAGCAUGAGGUUGGCCAGCAAACAGGUAGGGAUGGGAGAGUGCUCUGGAAACGCUGCCUGAGAAAGCGUCACCUCUGUGCUCGUGCAGUGCUUGGCCUUCACAUCCUUUCCCUCUCAUGGGAUGCUAACAAUUACUGCAUCCUAGCAUGGAUGAUCUGGCAUAAUGCUUUAUCCCCCAAACUUCUGAAGCAGGAGAAGAUUUACUGUAGGGAAAUUAGGAUACUUUUCCAAUGGGAAGAUGCUGCAGCUGCGCAUCGUCUUCCUGAGGUUUGCACCAAUUCCGCUUUUAUAGCAGCAAAGUGAUAUCAGUUGUUUUUUGGUAGGGAUCCCCUUCUAGCACUAGUCCUUCACCUGAAGUCCAUGCAGAGGCAGUUUCCAUUGCUGCACCACAUCAAGGGGCUUCUGCCACUUUUGCAGCUAGUGCACAAAAGCCAGAGCUGCUCUUGUUCUGUAUGUUUCCUUUCUGCUGCCUAAAAAGAUGCUGAAAUUGCCCAAAGAAAAAUUAUUUCCAUCUGAUCACAGCACUUUCUCCCUUGGCUGGAACACUGACUGUGGUUUUGGGUCUGUGGUUUUUGAUUUUUUUUGUUUUUUUUUUUUUUUUAAUUCAUGAAUUUUUUGGUCUUCAUUUCCAUCAUUGUGAGAGUCACUGUGCGACCCAACAGACUAGCUGCAAGUCCUGAAGAAACUACAGCAGGACAAAAGAUCAGGAACCCAGCACAAGUUGAUGCAAGCAAAGAAACAAGAAAAAAGCCCUGCUUUUGCGAACAACCUGGCUGCUGGGCUUCAUAAGGAGUCGGGCUGACAUUCAGUGUUUCAUUUGGACUCCAGCUAGGAAGCUGCAGCAGCCACUGAAAACUAAAAAACCUGAAUGAACAGCAGCUUUCAUAUUAUGAAUCUUUCUAAGCAACAGCAAGGAAACUAAGAGACGGGAUUCUGACUCACAAGUUGAGCAGUGGGACGGUGGCGGUGCCCCGUCCCGCAGGGUCAGGACGCGGCUCCUGUUUGUCUGCCCGCUUCCUCGGCUGCUGCGGCUUUCUCGGUGCGGCGAGAGCCCAGACGGAAAGGAAUGAGCUGUUUCCUGGAGCCCUCUGCAGACGUGGAAACUUUCAAGGGAUCGUGCUUCUCCUGUCUCGCUGGGAAGCUGCUUGUUUGAAACGCGGCGAGCAGGAAUGCACCGCGGUGCCAGCAGAGCCCGCCGGAGCCGUCGGCCGGGGUGGAGGAGCGCCGGGGACCGGGGCAGCUCCCGUGGACCGGAGGCAGCAAAGCGUUUUAGGUGCCCAGGGGAAACCUCUCCCCAUGCUGUUUAGGUGUGUAGAAAGCAGAGUCCCCAGUGCGGCUGCGUCUGUGGUGGCAGGUCAUGGAAAAACGACGUUUCCGCUGGGAAGAGCAAAGGCGCGUUGGGUCCAGGCCAACUUACUUCAUCGGAGAAGUUGCCCUGCAAAUGACUUAACUGUAACUUGUCCUGUGCCUCCACGAGGCAGGGCUGAAUCACCGUCUGGGCUUGCUGUGAAAACGGGACCACUUUCAAGGACCCGCCUUGCCUAGAGCAGGGCCACUUCCAGGAUGCUGCAGACGUGCUCCUGGCAUGGGAGAUACGGGGGGGGAAAGGAGAAUAAGAGCAAGAGUUACUUGUUUAGGAACCGGCAGGCUUCCUUUUGCUCCAUGUUUGUGCUGAGAUAAGGGUGAUAACAGCCCCUUUCACAGGCCAGGAAAUGCGGUGCCAUAGGAGGAUUCAGGUGCCUACGUGCCCUGUUUUUCCAUAUAGCACCCACCUGUAGGUCCUACAUGAAAUCCAUACAAUUCAUGAGUUUUAGGUAUGUGCAGGUAAUAGGAGGGGCAGUUUUCUCAGCAGCCUCAUCUCUCCCAGUGGGCAGGACGGGCAUGGGAAGACGUGGUUGUUGCCAACAUACAGUGACCAUCAGCUGCUGCUGCUUGAGGGCCACACGCUGGUGCAAGUGAAGGUAUUUUCACGGGGAUAUAAAAGGAAGCGCAGCUCCUUGCUGGACAAAGACAUUAAGGCAAUCUACCCGCACUGGAAACAGGUUUAUGUUAAAACAGCACCAGGAAAUUAAAAACAAAACAAAACAAAAAAAAAAACAAAAAACCCCCCCCCACUACCCAGGUGAUUAGAAAUGGAGUGAUCAACUCACUGACCUGUGGCUGGCUAAAUGUUCACCUAGCCCCUUACAAACUGCGGAUGCAGAUCAAUAUUCCUGUACCUCUCCGUGGCCAGGUCCCAGGUUUGCCUCCAUGCCUGCCCAGGGCGCGUUGGCCGCAGGAGCCGUGGCCUCGUGCUGCCUCAGCUUUCCCAGCAGCGUUUCCAACGCCUCUUCUGAUGAGCUCCAGCAUGUUGUAUAAACACUGUGGUCAAGAGGGCGUUAACAGAGGUCAUCUGCGAACGACUAUGGACAGUGGAAAUUUUUAGACCGUGUUGCUUUUUGGGAUUCAAAUACUCCUAUCUGCAAGCUCUCAUGGUUGCAAACAAGCUCCUUAAACUCUGUUUGUGCUGAGGAUCUUGGCUGUGGCCCUGGCAUCGUGUCGGAGAGCUUCUGCCCCGGGUCGCGCCGCGAGAUGCUGCGGUCAAGCAAAGCUGCUGAGCUGCCCAAGCUCUGCCUUGAAAAAAAGUGCAGGCUCUUUCAGCAUUUCGUGGCUUUUCUACAAUGAAUUGUUCAUGAAGAAAGUUUAGCUUCUCCUGGGGGGGGUAAAAAAAAAAAAAAAAAAAAAAUUCCCAUACAAACCGCCUUCAAGAGGAAGUCCAGUGUUCAGACAAACCCAGCCCUAACGAUCCUCGUUUCCUGCCGCCAAAGAUGCAAGGCAGCCUGGAGCACUGAGGAGGUCGGGACUUGCAAGAAGACAAAAGCUGGCUUAGCUGAAGGAAGAUGAGUGCUGCGUUUCUCGUGCUCUUGGUGUCCACUGCAAAUAUCGGGGCCUUGCUGGGAGAGGGCCAGCCGAGACGGGAGCCUCGGCGCCUGUCGUGCGUGCGGUGCUGCCGGCCUUCGGAACAGCCUGUCCCCAUGGCCUCCUCGCGGUACACGAGGAUGAGCAAUGACCCUGCCUAUUCGCUUCCCAAAGUCCAGCCCACCAUAGAUAUCACCAUCCUCAAAGGUGAGAAAGGUGAAAUGGGAGAAAAAGGGUACCCCGGAGCAGUGGGAAAGGAAGGAGAGAGAGGGCUACGUGGCUUUAAUGGACGAAAGGGCCAGAAAGGCCAGCCUGGCCCACAAGGCCAUUCCUGCAAGCAGCUCUAUGCUGCUUUUUCAGUGGGUCGGAGAAAACCCCUUCAUAGCUCAGACUAUUUCCAGCACGUCACUUUUGACACAGAAUUUGUGAACCUCUACAAGCACUUCAACAUGUUCUCGGGGAAGUUCUUCUGCUAUGUGCCAGGAGUCUACUACUUCAGCCUCAAUGUCCACACCUGGAACUUCAAGGAGACCUAUUUGCACUUGAUGAAGAAUGAGAAAGAGGUGGCCAUCCUCUAUGCCCAGCCCAGUGAUCGGAGCAUCAUGCAGAGCCAGAGCCUGAUGCUGGACCUGCAGGAAGGAGAGGAGGUCUGGGUGCGAAUGUUCAAGCGAGAGCGAGAAAAUGCCAUCUAUAGCGAGGAGUCCGAUGUUUACAUCAUCUUCAAUGGCCAUCUAAUCAAGCCAGCUGUAGAGUAGCCAUCCUUCAGCUUUAGGCUCCAAGCUUUGGUAGGGUUUUGUCAGACGCGUUACCAUUUUCCCUCUUAGAAGUGCACCUGUCUAGCUCCACUUGGAAAGAUUGUGGCUGGCAGCAUCUUGGCCUGUGGAUGGGGUGGUCUGUGUAGACGAAGAAGAGGGUGACGUGUUGAUGGAGGGGGUGGUAGGUGGUGUUUUGAGGUGAUGAAAACUGUGAGUACAGAGAAAGCUUUAGCACUUGCAUGCUGCUGGAGAUGAAGCACCCAGAAGGCCCCAGUCUGCAGCCCUGUAUAGAUUCCCAGUAACAUCUCUGGCUGAAUAGUCUGCCAGGUCAGCAGCAAAAAAUUAACCUCUUUGCUCAGCUUUAAAGAAGACGUUUUAAUUAGAUCUAAGGACCAUCUUCGGAUACCGGUUAUCUGGGUGCUAGUUAAGGAAUGUAAUUACUCCUACAACAUUACUAAGAUGUCUUUGCAACGUGCAGUAACUGCUAAUAAAAUGAGGUGUCCACACACUGCCAUCACUUACACCAGCUCUGCUCCACUUGGAGGGGGAGAGAAUGCAGCACUCUUAAGAAGAGUAUUUUGCACAGUACAUUUACCGUAAAUUAUGUUUUUGUUCCAUUUCAUGUAAUAUUACAUUCUGAGAACAUACUGAUCUGGCAAAGCUUUCUCAGAGGCACAUAGUUUCAAGCACAGGUGUUGCCACACACAAUAACUUUGCUAGACUGCUGUAUUCUUAACUACGCUUCUCUCACAAGAGCAUCCAGCAUGGGUGGAAACCUGUCUUUUCCACUUCAAUGAAAACUGUGGGCUCUGCCUUAGGAUCUGAUUUGAGUGCUCACUGCUGAGUGGGAAUUUAAGGACAUCAGUGUGUCUGAACACUACUGUCUAUAGCACCUCAUUUCCAGAAAUUGGAGAAGAAAAUCAGGAAGAAAAAAUAUUUUAUUGCAAACUGAUUUUUGGUUUUUGUAAAAUUUACUGGCAUAACAGUGGAAAGCUACAUGCAGCAGCAAGAAGCCUUGUUUUCAGCAGUUCUUCUGCCCAGUGCCCCAGUCUCGUUUGCAUUGUGAAACAUUUGUAUGAAAGAUAGAACAAAAGGUCUUAUUACGCAAGCUGCUUCACUGCUGUACCUCCUCUAUCCACAGCUGUUUAGAAAAGUAGCUAAAAUAAAGAUACUGCUUUGAGUACA